AUGCGAAUAAGAAAAGAGUUAGAAAGAUUUUGUGUAAUUCCAUUACUUAAAAUUAAUAAAAUAUCACUAUUAAGAACAAUAUCAAAUCGUAGUAUAAGUAAUAACAGUAGUGUAAACAUUAUCAGCAAUGGAAGAACAUCUAAUAAAAAACCUAAUAUUAUUAUUAUUAAUUCAAUUAAUGGUGGAAAUAUAAUUUAUCCACCAUCACUAAAGCUUAUUACAAAUACUACUACAAGAUCUUAUUCUUCUGCUACAAAUAAAUCAUCUUUUGAUAAGCGUAAUAUUUCCAGGCAAUUCACGUGGCAAAGUUUUGCAGUAUUCAUUGCGACUGGAAUUGGUUUAUUUUUUUAUUUCAAAUCUGAGAAAGAAAAAAUGGUGCAAAAAAAGAAUGAAGCAAAAGAAAAUAGAAACAUUGGUAGUCCUAAAAUAGGUGGACCAUUUGAAUUAUUAAAUCAAGAUGGAAAAGUUGUUACUGAUAAAGAUUUUCUGGGAAAAUAUAUUUUGGUUUAUUUUGGUUUCACUCAUUGUCCUGACGUUUGUCCUGAAGAGUUGGAUAAAAUGACUGAAGUUACUGAUGCCAUUAGGAAUGAUCCAGAAUUAAAAGGGAUUGUCAUAACACCUAUUUUCAUAUCAUGUGAUCCACAUCGUGAUACAGUUGAAGUUGUUCGGGAAUACCUUAAAGGCUUAACAGGAUCAUUUGAGAAGAUAUCCAAGGUGGCAAAAGCAUAUCGUGUCUACUUUAGUAAACCACCAAAUGUUAAAGAAGGUGAACAAUACCUAGUUGAUCAUUCGAUAUUUUUUUAUUUGAUGAAUCCUAAUGGUGAAUUUGUUGAUGCUUAUGGUAAGAGUACGAGUGCUAAAGAGGUUUACAACAGUGUCAAAAAUCAUAUUAAAGAUUUUACAAAUUCAAGUACACCUAUUCCAAAUGCUAAGAAAAAGUACUUGUGGUCAACUGUGCCGUUCAUCAAAAAUAAAAUUAGAAUUGUUAGAACUGCUGAUAACAAAUUUUUUGAUAGAUGGCCUUGGUUUGUCGGGACCACUAAUGUGGAAAAAAAUAUUAAUAUUAAAGUCAUUAUACUCAAGUUGGAUAGUGGAUCACGACUCCCUAAUUCAGAUAGAGUUCCGAACAACGCCCGCAAACUUAGAGUUAAUGCAAUACAAGUAACUAAUUUUUUUGACAAAAAAACCUCUAAUGUCAGAAGAAAACUAUGUCAUGGUUUAAACAAUGAAAGAACAAAAAUUCAUUUUAGUCAUGUAGCAGGAAUAACAUCAUAUGGAGGUGCACCACCAGUUGAAGAUGUUACAAAAGAAUUAUUUCGCAAAAAAAUUAGAAUAAAUUGA